AUGGCGAAAUAUGAGAUUCCUGCAGAAGUAUACAAAACGGCCAUGCCAAUUAUACAUUUACAAUCGGUUCUUGCGGAUAUAAACGAUGAAAAUAUCGAAGAAUCGAAAGAAAUUAUCCUGAAUUUGAAAUUAACGAAAACUCAAACAGGACUUGUUUAUAUAUGUCAAGAUAUUUUGUUUAAUGCUAAAAUACAUUUUAAUAAGAUUGAUAUUUACUCGAAAUUCGUUCUGGAACUCUGCAAAGAUAUUCCAAAUUUACAACAGUUAGUCAACGCAAAAUUAUUACUACCUGCCACCGAUUCUCGCACGAAAUGCGUUCAUUUACGCAUGCUUCGAUACUUUUUCGAACAUGAAACGAUCUCACUUGAUGAAAUCAUCACCGGAAUUGCAAACUUUCCGGAACAGUUAUCGAAUCAGUACAUGUUGUUUUUCUUGGUCUUUGGCAAAUUUAUUGAAAGAAAACAUCCAGACGUUUUUCGUGAAAUAUGCGUCAAAGUAAAGAACUUAAAAGGACUCGGACCAACAUACACAAGCUUAAGGAAUCAUGAAUUCCGUGAAAUAAUUACACGAUCGGCUGAAAGUGAUUUCAAAUGGCAAAUUCCAGAAGAAACCAUAUUAUAUGGUUAUGUUAAAGAAUCGAUCCCUUACUACAUACGCUCAAAUAACUACCAAUAUGUUCGUAACCUCAGUCAACAGCAACUUGAUGAUUUAUACGACUUUUCUCCGUUCGAUCCAAUACCAUUUGAGAGCGGAAAGUGUACAUUAACUCAGCUUGCAUCAAUUUCUGGCUCAUUCAAAUCUCUGAGGCAUAUAAUGUCCAUGAAGGCUAAGAUUCGCAAUACAGACUCGAACGGAAACUCUCCAGCUCCUUAUGCAAUUGCUGGAGGAUCCAUGCCCAUAAUCAAAUCAAUUCAUGAAAGAAUGAUUGAAAUGGAUGAUUUUCUUCCUUUAGCUGCUCAUUGCAGAGCUAUUGACGCUUUUGAGUAUAUCUUGUCAUUGAUUGACGAUGAGACAAAGAAGAAAGAAUUGUUGAACAAGAGCUUACUUGAAUGCGCUACUACAAACAACCUUGCAAUCUUAUUAGUUUGUAUUUCUUAUGGAGCAUCAUUGAAAACAAAGAACAGUGAAGGACAAACAGCUAUUCAUUUAGCUGCUUUGAAUGAUAACUUGUUCAUUGCUAAGAUUCUUUCAAUGCUUCCGAAUUUCAAUCCAAAUGUUCAAGAUGAUGCUGGUGAUACUCCAUUACAUCUUGCUGCUAAGCAAGGUAAUAUUGGAAUUAUCAAUUUCUUGAUAGGUUUACCUUCAAUUAAGAAAGAUAUCAAAAAUAAUUAUGGAAAGACUGCAUUAGAUGCCACAAAAGAAUAA